AUGGGUGCAGCAAUUCAUCCUGGAUGGUGGGUUCUGUCCCUGGGCCGUCCGCUCGAUGGCGGCCGGGGAGCUGCGCAUCGUGGAAAGUGCGGCGGUGCGGCCAGAGGAGGCCGCUCUCAGCCUGUGCGAGCAGGCGUGCCGGAACUCGCGGCCGCACAGGGGGAGCUUGCCACGACGCUGGUCGUCUUCCGCCACGUGGAAGCAUUCCACGAUUUUUUCGUCUUCGAUGCCUACGUCAAGGCAUGGGACCGUGGACGCGGGGCUCCCAAAGGCACCCGCACCGGGGCCCCGUUGCCGGUGGCGACCGCCCCAGCAGAAAGGACGCUGGAUCACCUGAAGCGCUGCCACGAGCAGUGCCGGCUCGUCAGCUUCCACCCCGGAUUCGCCCGCUGGCUCGCGCCCAGAGGCGGCUUCCGCAACGGCAGCCAAGUGUCCCUCGACCUCAUGCAGAAGCGCGUGCACCUGGACCCUGCCUUUGAAGGUGAGCCUGCUACCAUCUUCAGCCCUGGCCCCCCGGAGGUUGAGGUGGGGCCUCGCCAGGUCUGCGCGCGCCUGCGCGGCGGCAGUGGUAUUUGCGCCUGGGAUCUGGAGGAUAUCAUACCCACGGAGGAGCACGUGGCGCUGCCGGACAACAGCAUGCAUCGUGCGCCCUUUCCCGUGGUGCACCUGAUUCGCCAGGUGGACCUGUCUGGAGACAACAUCAUUACUGCCCUUCGGCGACAAAGCCCGCACCUGAUGUCUAAAUGCUUCAUUGUGGCCGCUGAGGAGGCCAACGCACUUCGCCGGCGGAAUGCCGAGCAGUUUCGUGCCAGCGGCGGAAGCAGUGACAAGAAAGAGGGAAGCUUUGAGCUAAGAUUUGUAUGUCGGCCUUUUUGGGCCUAG